AUGUCGUUGCGAAACCCGUCGCGAGGUGCAUUGUGGACGAUUUUCCUUCUGCUCGAAUUUAUCCCGAUUCUGGCGGGAAAACAGGAAGAUGACGUUAUACUCGGGGGGAUUUUCUCUGAGCAUUUCACCCGUGAAAACAAUGGUGGAAAGGACAGGAACAAUGACCCGUGCGGUGAGCUAAAUAAGCGUGCUACUACGGACAGAUUGGCGAUGGAAUUCGCCGUAUCGGAGAUAAAUGAUAGCGGAGAUAUACUCCCGGGGAUUAGGCUCGGCACAAAUAUGAAAGACACAUGCAAUGACCUGGAUUACGCCGUGAAUAACACAUUAGAUUAUCAAUUUAUCAAGACUAAAUUCAUUAAUAAGUCCUACCAGUGCUCUGCUCAGGAGACGGACUCGAAAUGUUGUAUUCAUCGCAACGAGUCCACUCCGCUGGUUGGAAUAAUCGCAGGUGCAUACAGUCACAUCGUGAAGGCAAUUGUUAAUUUGGUUGGUCUGUUUAAGGUGCCUGUUAUUGGAUACAGUUCCACAAGUCCUUCAUUGAACAAAAUGGACUAUUUCCUACGCACCAUACCCCCGGACACCGUCACAACACAGGUGAUGGUCGACCUGAUACGCAAGCUACGGUGGAACAUUGUCCUGGUCGUUUAUGUUGACAACGAGUUCGGGCAUUACGCUGCGGACGGCUUUCGCACGGCUAUCAGGCGUAUGGGGGACUUCAAGAUAUGCAUCGCUUUCGAUGACAAGUUCUCAAAGGAUUCACAGAGCGAUAUCGCGAGGGUCCUCGAAGGCUAUCCACGAACCUGCUUCGAACGCUACCUUCAGCGCCGUACUGAUGUGAACACGACCUGUUCCAAUGUCCAUCGUAACAUGAAGUACGAGUGUGAAUUAAUGUACGGCCGUCUCGCCCUCUUGGAGCCCAAUUGCUCUAUCGAAUGCUCGAAAUAUAUCCCGCACGUUUUGGACGCGGUCUACGCUAUCGCUAUGAGCCUGCAUAAUAUGCUCGGCUGUGAAGCUGGGAAGUCAUGUAGAGAAAAGUUGAAGACCCUCUCGCACAGUUCACUUCUCGAUUCGCUCAAGAACCUGAGCUUCUUCAGUGAUUUCACCAACCACACCAUAUCCUUCGACGGCAACGGUAAUCCACUGUCAACGCAUUACACCGUGGAGCAAAUUGAAGUAGGGAAUUGCAAUCACAAGAACAAGACCAUUGGUCGUUGGACUUGCCUACGGAACGUCACUUGCAACGGCGAAUUGUCGCCGAAUAUAAUCGAUAUCGUGAACCCAGCCUCGUUCGGGUCCAGCUGCGGUCCAAAAUGCAAUAAUGGCUGGUAUAAAUCGGCCCAGGACGAGUAUCCGGAUUGUUGUUGGACGUGCAAGAAAUGUACUGGAAACAAGUACAUGAAGGCCUCGGAUCAGUUCAGUUGCUCGGAAUGUCCCGUAGACCGAUGGCCCAACGAGAACCGCACGUCGUGCGCCGAGAUGGAGCACGAUUAUCUUGACAUCUUAAGCGCCUCGGGUGUUUUGAUUCUAGCGUGGAAUUGUCUUGGGCUCGCUUUAGUUUUGCUGAUCGGAGGCAUUUUUCUCAAGUACAGCACGUCGCAUAUCGUGAAGGCGUCCAGCCGACAGCUGUCGUUGCUUCUGCUCUUAGGGAUCUCUUUGGAUUUCACGCUACUCAUCGCGUUGCUGAGGGAACCCGAUGCCACCCAGUGUACUGCUAUAUUCGUGCUCUCGCACGGCGCGAGCUGUCUCAUUACUGGAACGCUGUUUCUCAAGACGAACAGAAUACAUCGAAUAUUUAGGAAAAGUGCCAUGACAGGGCGUCCACGAUGGUUGGGAAAUGCUUGUCAACUCACUAUCAUUACGAUCUUAGUUACGAUCGAGAUGAUGUUGGCCGCAACAAUUCUUGUGUUUAAGCCUGACAAUGGUGAUGUCCGAACGACCUACGUCAUGGAAGGCGACAUGAAAAAAGCAUUUCUGCUUUGCAAUUUCUUUGGAAAGACUUUCCAAAAUGACAUUUUCCAUGUUCUAAUAUGGAGCUACGAAUGUGGUAUGAUCUUUAUAUGCACCUAUCAGGCCUACCUCGUACGCAAAGUACCCGAGAACUAUAACGAGGCACGUUACAUCACCUUUACCAUGGUAACGAUGUCGAUGAACAUUGUUGUAUACGUCAUCACGACUUCCAGUAUGGAGGGCAAGAACCUGGUACUAGUUUACUGCAUUUUUCAGAGCCUGAAAUCGAGCGUCGCUUUAGCCUGCAUUUUUUUGCCCAAAAUUUACAUCAUACUCUUUCAGCCCGAAAAAAAUGUCCCGCAUAAUCCGGUCAAGUCGAAGUUGGGAACAUUUGUCGAGGAAAAUUCGAUGGUUAAGUUAGAACCGAACGAAAUUCCCAGCAGCGGGUCUUCCACGCGGGCUGGCGAUUCUUCGGAAGGGUCGUCAGGGGGGACAGGGACUUCAUCUGCCUCAGCCCGGGGGAGGUCGUAUCGAAAGGUGGGUGCGAAGAUCGUAGAGGAGACUGUGGACAAGGUCGAAAUUUCAAGUGACCUCAACGAAUCGCGCGCCAGCGAGCAGGAUUUCCCUAGGUCAGCGGAUGUCGUAAUAGUCAACGGCCUGGCCGAUUCUAUGACGUCAUGUUAGUUCGUAUGUAAAUAUAGCAAGCUUUUGUAAUCAAUAUUUCUUCACCACAUGACGAACAAUUGGAUG